UUUAACACUAGCUCAUUUCUGUUGUGCAACUUAUAGAAACUGCAGAGAAUAGGCAAAAUGAAUGGGAACUGCGAGCCUUCCCACGCGGAUGUGGACUUUAUGUUUACUUCUGAGUCUGUGGGAGAGGGGCAUCCGGAUAAAAUAUGUGACCAAAUCAGUGACGCUGUGCUAGAUGCCCACCUCAAGCAGGAUCCUGACGCAAAAGUGGCCUGUGAGACAGUGUGCAAGACAGGCAUGGUGCUGCUGUGCGGUGAAAUCACGUCUCGGGCCAAUGUUGACUACCAGAAAAUUGUGAGAGAGACCAUUAGACACAUUGGCUAUGACAACUCUGAAAAGGGUUUUGACUAUAAGACCUGCAAUGUGCUGGUGGCUUUGGAGCAGCAGUCUCCUGAUAUCGCACAAGGAGUUCACAUCGACCGCCCAGAGAGUGAAAUCGGAGCAGGAGACCAGGGUCUAAUGUUUGGAUAUGCCACAGAUGAGACCGAGGAGUGCAUGCCCCUCACCAUUGUCCUGGCUCACAAACUGAAUGCCAAAAUGGCCGAACUGAGACGCAAUGGGACAGUGCCCUGGCUCCGACCAGAUUCCAAAACACAGGUGACAGUUCACUACACCCAACAGGACGGGGCGGUAAUCCCCAAAAGAGUCCACACUAUCGUGAUCUCAGUCCAGCAUGACGACUAUGUGAGCCUGGAGGAGCAGAAGCAGGUCCUGAAGGAGAAGGUGAUCAAAGCGGUGGUCCCGGCCAAAUACCUGGACCAGGACACCAUCUACCACCUGCAGCCCAGCGGCCGCUUUGUUAUUGGAGGGCCACAGGGUGAUGCAGGUGUGACUGGGAGGAAAAUCAUUGUCGACACAUACGGAGGCUGGGGGGCUCAUGGUGGAGGGGCCUUCUCUGGGAAGGACUACACCAAAGUGGACCGGUCUGCGGCCUAUGCGGCUCGAUGGGUCGCCAAGUCUCUGGUCAAAGCCAAACUCUGCAGGAGGGUCCUAGUUCAGGUGGCCUAUGCCAUUGGAGUGGCCCAUCCUCUGUCCAUCUCUUUGUUCACCUUUGGCUCAUCUCAGAAAACUGAGAAGGAGCUGCUGCAGAUUGUUCACAAAAACUUUGAUCUGAGACCUGGAGUCAUCGUCAGGGACCUGGACUUGAAGAGGCCAAUCUACCAAAGAACAGCCAGUUACGGUCAUUUUGGGAGAAAGGACUUCCCCUGGGAGGUGCCGAAGAACCUGGUGUACUAAAAUGUGCAUGUGAGAGUGCUACUGUACUGUAAACAGAUCUGUGUAACUCGGUAAGGGGCAGCUGCAGUGGACAGUGGGAUGGGCAUCGGGUGCGGGACAGGUUUGAGGCAGUUUUUAAGAGCAAAUGAAGUGUCAUCUUUAUUUAUGACUUUCCCUUACUACCAGUGGCAACAAGAAAUCUGAGCACUACCAUAUUUUUGGUACAACGAAGGUAAAUCCUAUGCAUGCAGUUUGUGUCAAAUUUAGAGAAAGUUGUUUUGCUGAUGGUGCACGGCUAUGACCAAAACCCUAGUUAGUAUAGCCAUUCUGAUAAAAUAGUAUGCACCCACUGGUCAUGUUAUUAGCUAUAUCUGAUGCCUUACUGUUGCAAUGCCUUAUUUAAAUUGAAAACCCCAUUGUAGUAUAUUAAUAUAUUUACUUACUGUUAAAGGUAAACCUGCUAAAUUUCACUUAAGAGGGGUCUAAGCAUCCGGUGGGAAGCAGUUCUGUGACAAAAAUAUUUUGAUGAUUCCAUAGUCGACAAAAUUACUUAACUAUUAGCUGCUCACCUGAAGUGUCUGAUAAAAUGGCCAAAUGAUGGCAGCAUGAAUAUUCAACAUAGUAUAUAGAGUUUACUCAA